UCCGCCAUCAUGACCCCAUUCUGACGUGAAUUUUGAGGAUUUUGUUUCAGCUGUUUUUGUCGUUUCUCCAAGUGUCGCAACUGUUUCAGUUUAAAAUCUGCGGUUUAGAGAUGGCAUCAGUGACUAUUGGGUCUCCAACUGACGUUCCUCACGACAUGGAACCGGUGAGUGGAUUUCCAACUGAUGUUCCUGAUGGCACGGCAUCGGUGAGUUGUGGGUCUCCAACUGAUGUUCCUGAUGGCACGGCAUCAGUGAGUUGUGGGUCUCCAACUGUUGUUCCUUAUGACAUGGCAUCGGUGAGUUGUGGGUCUCCAACUGAUGUUCCUGAUGACAUGGCAUCGGUGAGUUGUGGGUCUCCAACUGAUGUUCCUCACGACAUGGCAUCAGAGAGCUGUGGGUCUCCUACUGACGUUCCCAAUGACAGCCAACUGCUGAGAGGAAACCGAACCACUGACAUGGAGAGCAAUCAGGAAGAGGUGAAUAGAGAUGAUUUAAUAGGACAAAAAUUUACACACAAAGAGGAUGGAGAUACAUGUGCAACCGAGCUCUGUGUUGGUGAAAAAAACGUUACCAAACCCUACAUGUGUGGAAUGUGUGGGUACACGACAGCUUUCCAGUCGAGACUAUCCAGGCAUAUGGAAAAACAUACAAGGUAUAUCGAGAAGCCGUACAAAUGUGACCAGUGUGACUACGCAGCACCUUGGAAAAACAGCUUGGAUGCACACAUGGUUAAACACACUUGUGAGAAGCCCUACGUAUGUGGUGAGUGUGGAUACAAAACGGCAAUUAAAGCCAGACUAUCUAGACACAAUAGACUACACACGGGUGAGAAGCCUUAUAAAUGUGACCAGUGCGAUUUUAAGACUCCUUGGAGGCAAUCCUUUGACUUGCACAAAAAUGGGCACUCUGGUGAGAAACCCUACAUAUGCGGGGAGUGCGGGUACGCAACAAAAGAUAGGAGUCACCUUUCCAGACAUAUGAAAAUCCAUUCAGGAGAGAAACAGUACAAGUGUGACCAGUGUGACUACUCGGCAAACCAGAAAUUACAACUGGAUAGGCACAAAGCUAAACACACUGGUGAAAAACCCUACAUGUGUGAAAAGUGUGGAUUUCAGACCGGUAACCCUACUGGCCUCUACUGUCAUAUGAAAGUACACAUUGAUAAAAAACAAGUAAAAAGUGAGGAACAGAUGGACAAGACGUACAAGUGUGGUGAAUGUGACUUCUCCACUGUAUAUAAACACAGCAUGAAGUCACACAUGUCUAAACACACUGGUGAGAAACCCUACAUGUGUGAGAGGUGCGGGUUCAGAACAGCUCAUAAGUCCCAGCUUUUGCCUCACAUACAACUACAUACAGGGGAGAAGCCCCACAAGUGUGAGCUGUGUGACUAUCGCACUGUAAGGAAAAGGAAUAUUGUUGUACACAUGGCUAAGCAUACAGGACUGAAGCCCUUUGCAUGUAAGCUGUGUGACUACAGGUCAGGUUACAGGUCUGGUCUCAGAACCCAUAUGAAGGUUCAUUCAAAAGGAAAAUAACUGCAAUCGCAAAUGCUAAAGACAUUUGACAGACAAUCGAAUUGUACAUAGAGCAUAACACACGGUUACCUGACCAGCAAGCUUUUUUAUAGCUUUGUAGUAAUCUUUCUAUCGUUCUUUAACACUUAAGCUUAACUCUUUUUGUUUAAUAGAUAAGUAACCGAGGCCGUCUCUAUUUGGGAAUGCCUUCUGUAAAAUGUGCAUGCCCCAUGUGGCAUAAAACCCACAUCUGUGAAGGCAUUGGGAUGGGUGAGCAUUGUACAAGCAAACUCUGUUAAUGCCUUCGAAUGAGCUAAUAUAUGUAAAUGUUCUCUUUGCACAUUGCUCAGUUAUUACAGCUAGCCCUACGUAUAAAUUAGCAUUUAGGAUAGUUGGGCAGUCCUGUCCUUUUUUAUUACAGCCAAAUAAGUGAAAUCAAAUAGUUGUACCAUGCUGUGUCUAACCUUUCUAUUACGUAUUUCCUGAUUAUGACAAGUACCAAUUAACCAGAAAUAGUACUAAGGUAUUGAAAUAAGCAACUUUUAAUUGAUGUCAUACAGUUGUUACAUGUAACAUUGUUUUGUAAAUUAUCUUCGAGGGGAAUUUUUAAAAGAAUUUUUAAUGUUGAAUAAGUAUAUUUUAGCGUUGUUUGCAAAAUGAUGAAAACUAUCAAUGUAUAAUAACUGUAUUGAAAGAUAACUUUGUAAUU